AUGGUUAGCGUGAUACACAAAAUCAAUCAACUAAAUGGUAGAACUAGAGUUGGAAAUGAAAUUAGAUUGAAUGUUUCAAUAGAUCCAACACAGUCAUCACAACCAAUCUAUAUAAAUAUAUGGGAUGAAUUCGAUGCAAAGAGCUACGAUCCUAUUUCAUUUAUAUAUGCUGAGAUACUAAAGCAAUUGGUCAGUGAUGGUGAUAGAUUAGAUAACACAGAGAUGACCGGUGUUUUCUAUAAUCCAUUGGGUGUGAAACCAGCAAUCAGCAUCGUCGACUAUAUGAAGCGUUUGGUAACAUUCCUAGGUUGCAGUUACAGUUGUUUCAUCAUAUCCCUCAUUUAUAUCGAUAGAAUGCUAAAAAAGGAAUAUACACUAAAUUCAUAUAAUGUUCAUAGAUUUGUAUUUGGAUGUGUUUUGGUUUCCAUUAAAUUCUAUGAUGAUUAUUUCUAUCCAACAAAUGUUUAUGCAAGAGUUGGAGGAGUGUCUGUUAAGGAAACAAACGAAAUUGAAAGAAAGAUCUUGGAGGAAUUGGAAUUCAAUAUUGUAGUAAAUGAAUUCGAGUAUAAUCAUUACCUUAGUGGUAUUGAUGAACGUGGUUACAUCAUAUCGGAUAUCAUGAAUCAACAAGAGGAGCCGGAGGAGUCUGACACUGAGGAGUCAGAGGACACCACAUUGACCACGGACGAAAGUGAAGACUGUAUCAUUCCAAAGUCUGCUUCAACCGGUGCUUCAUCAAGCUCUCUAGCUUCAUCAACAAACACCGCAGUAUCACUAGUAGUAAGCAGUAUUAAUGAAAUUGACAAUAGUAAUAAUAUAAUCAAAUCAACAGAUACAUUUGUACAGCAAAAUCAACAAGAAUCACAACAACAACAACAACAACAACUUUUACACAAUUUAAUUGAACCAAUGUCAACAAUUGAUAUUCUAUCGAAAUCAAGUGGUAUCGACAUUCCAAGAGGACCUCUCAGCACUAGAUCGAGAUCACUAUCUAAUUCAUAUGACAUGGCAAUGUUCAAGAGUCGAUGUCCACAGCUCUUCAUUUCGCCAUCACUAAAGCAUCGCUACAGGAGAAACUCAUAUAACCAAAAGCUUUUAAACUCAACAUCAUCAGGGACAAGCGAAAUGAACCAAUCACACUAA